UAAAAAAUGUUUGGACUUUGAACAAGUAGGGCUGUUAUUAUGAAUUCAGAGACUUUAAAAAGGGCUCUUUGUCUGGUAUUGUGAGAAACUUUGUUGUUAAAGAUAUAUCUCUUCCGUUUCAGAUUCCAUGGCAGGAACAAUUGACCAAGCCAAAAUGAAGUUUUCGAGAAUAGUAAACAGUCGCUCAUACACCCGGUUCAGUCAGUCUCAGAAUCCUGAUGAAGACAGCAGCCGUGUGGAGGUGAAGCUCUCUGUGGAAGGUGAGGAGGAGGAAAUGGAUGGUACAGAACAAGGACACGUGCAACGCGACGAGUACAUGAGAUCCAGUGUUUCUGCGCCAUUGAACAAAUGGAGGAUUCUGGUUUGCGUCGGUCUAAUACUGACUGUCCUCUGUGUGGGUAUACUCAUUGGAUACUCUGUCAACCGUAAGUCUAAGUCGCCUUCCUGCCCUUUGGAAAACUCUGAAGUUCAGUCAACUCAAAAGGUUCAAGAAAAUCAAGAUGUUAAUUAUGCCCCUGCACCCUCUAUGGAUUGGAGUGACAUUGUUAAACUUCUGAAUGAUAAACUGUCAUCUGAAAACAUCAAAACAAAAUUAAGGGAGAACUCCCAGAGGGACCGUCAUGCAGGAUCAUUUUUAGAUAGUAAGUUAGGUGACAAAAUCCAUGAUCUUUUCUCGGAACUGAAAAUGGACCCCUGGGUUGAUGAGCACUAUGUGAAGCUACAGUAUCCUAGCAGCUCCAAUCCAAACAAAGUGUGGUUUGGUUCAGAGGAGAUUGGAAGUCCAAAGGGGUUCCUGGCUUACAGUGAAACGGGACGUGAAGAGGGCAGAGUGGUGUACGCCAACUAUGGUGAGCUUGCUGACCUGCAGACUGUGCAGAACGAAUACAAAGUGAAUCUAAAUGGGUCUGUCGUACUGAUGAGAGCUGGAAAUAUCAGCAUGGCACAGAAGGUUAUGAAUGCUGCUAAGAUGGGUGCAGUAGCAGCUCUGAUCUUCCCAGACCAGCCUGACAAUGAAACAAAACUUGAUGAUACUGAGCUCUAUGGUCAUGUCCACCUAGGAUCAGGUGAUCCUUACACCCCAGGAUUCCCGUCUUUUAAUCACACACAGUUUCCUCCAGUCAAGUCCUCUGGUCUUCCAGGAAUUAUCGCCCAGACGAUUACUAAUAAAAUGGCAAAAAAAAUCUUAGCAAAAAUGCAUUCUCCUGAAAAUAUGAACGGUAGCUUCUCCCAUUACAAGUUGGGACCAGAAACUGACAAAGUAGCCGUAGCUGUCUAUAAUAACCUUGUUGACACCAAGAUCCAUAACGUGUUUGGAGUCAUCAAAGGAUACGUUGACCCUGAUCGCUAUGUCGUGAUUGGAGCGCAGAGGGACUCCCUGAGCUGGGGAUAUGCCAAGUCUACAGUUGGCACUACUCUUCUGAUGGAGCUUGCAAGGGUUUUCACAGAGUUGAAGAAAGACGGUUUCAAACCUAAAAGAAGCAUUGUGUUUGCCAGCUGGACUGCAGGGGAUUUUGGUAACGUCGGAGUUACUGAAUGGCUUGAGGGAUACUGGGCAUCACUGGACAGGAAAGCCUUUAUCUACAUCAGUUUGGAUGGGGUUGUUACUGGUGAUGGCUCCUUUAGAGCUUCUGCCAGUCCUUUGUUGCACACCCUUCUGCAGAACACCCUGACAAAAGUCAAAAACAUUGGGUCAAGUUCAAGCUUUCUCCAGAGUUACCGUGGUAAUUUGUCACCUUUUCUGACGUCCAUGCAGAUGGAUGAUGCUGCAUAUCCUUUCCUGGCCUUUUCUGGAAUCCCAUCUGUGUCUUUUAGUUUCGUCUCUAAAGCCACUACUGACUACGAGUAUUUUGGAACCGAUUUGGAUAGUAAAACCGAACUGGAUCGUGUCACGGGUCAGAAAGUGGUCGAUCUGUCCUUGGUUGCUGCUCAGGUUGCUGGGCAGAUGGCCCUCCGUCUCGUUCAUGACCACAUUCUCAAACUGGACGUUACCACGUAUGGCGACGUGAUCACAAAGCACGUGGGCGGCAUCAUCAGUCGUGUUAACAGUCUCAAACUUGACAAGGUCGAUAAAAUUGAGUCUUUGUCAACCGAGUGGCUGAAUGCAGCAAAGAGCUCCUUUGGCCGGGCCGCAGCCUCUCUAGCUAUUGACAUCCAGGGCAGCGACCUGGAUGACAUCGAGAUGUGUCGCAUAAUCAAUAACCGCAUAAUGAAGGUGGAGCAUAAUUUUCUGUCACCUUAUGUCUCUUUGAGAGAGAUCCCGUUCCGCCACGUUUUCUUUGGUAAUGGGUGGCAAACCGCCACAGACCUGGAAAAGUACCUGGAUGAUGUACAUGCAAAAAAAGCAAGCUUCGACAAAGACCAGGUCCUAAACAAGUUUGCUCUACUCACCUGGACCAUCCAGGGCUGUGCCAAUGACCUGGCUGGAGAUAUCUGGUCCUUAGACAACGAGAUAUAGCAUUGCAUCAACCAACCUGACAUCUGUUUUGCUUAAAUGUGCUUCUCGAUACACACAAAUAAUCCUGCCACUAUGAAAGUAGAUUUGAUUUGGAAUGAUGAAUUUUG